AUCAGCUGAACUGAAGUCUCGUCGCCAGCAGUAUCUUUAACCUCUGAACUCCAGUGUGCCAGCGCUCCGCCAUAUUGACUGUUGUCUUGACUAGAGAAGCUAGAACAUUUGUGGUCCACCAGAAACAACAUCGCUUUUCACCUUCUCCCUAAACCGGUGCAAAAACUCGCCCCCAACGGAUUGUACAAUUACUCGUGUAAUGGCAAGGAAGAAGAGUAAACAACCCGGAGUCGUCCAGAAGGAGCUGGUGCCUGGGCAGCAAGCCCUACCGAAGAAGCCCGUCUCUCCCGGCGAUGCGGCCGGCGGUGGUGGCGGAGACGUGGGGCUGGAGAGACUGGCCGCCAGGGCAAACCAGCCUAUGCACACCUGCUGCCUUCUGUGCCACCGGGAAUUUAAGGACUGGGGUGCAGGUUCUGCAAAUGGACUCCCCGGAGGCCACGGCACCAAGCUGGCUGACGCCAUGCCUGCCCUUUCCCAGGCCUUGUUGCGUGAGGUGCCGGGGCGCAAGUUGGCUGAUGCAGUACCAUCCCUGUCCCAGUCCCUGCUGGGAGAAGUACCCUUGUGGAUAUGCCAGAGCUGCCGAAAAAGUGUGGAAGAGGAGGAAAUGAGGAGCACCCAAGAGCCGCCUACACCGGUACCGCUCUCCCACUCGUCCUCCUGUAAAUCCCAGAGCUGUGGGAACGGUUUCCCGGAGCACAGUUCUGUGGACUGGGACCCCAGCUCCUUCCUGUCCGCCCACAAGCUGUCAGGGCUCUGGAACUCGGUCCAUACAAACGGCGGGGUCCACUGUAACCACAAUGCUUCUUCGCACUCCCAGCAAGGUAUAACCGGGGGAUCGACUUGUCACGAUAAAAGAGGCCUUCACGAGGCCCCUGGUAAAUCUGCUAAAACGUCCGCGCCCAAAGUGUGUCCCUACAGUCACCCAUCCCAGAAUUCCAGUGGUUCUUCUCUCGGGAAUCCCCUGUCUACCUCAGCUGACCAUUGUAAGACCACCCCCAAGCACUUCAAGACCAUGUGCCGUCGCCCGACCCCUCCGGGUGAAGCGUUCCACCCCGGCGACCACCACCAACACUCGGACCUGUCUGUGCCUCCCAACAGCCCCACGGGCCUCUCUUCCCAGCAUUCCUCCCUCGUUCCCCCCAAGCAGAGCUCGGGGCAGCACGGCCACGUCAGCUCCUCCUCCUCCUCCUCCUCCUCCUCCUCCAACCCCGGGGCCGCGGCCCAUGCGCCCUUCUCCACGCUGGUGCCCAACCCUCACAGUCCCACGGCCAAGCUCGCCUCGUCCUCCUCCGGCCCCGACAGCCCCACGUCGGUCCAUAAGCCCAGCCCGUGCAAAAACUCCCACAUUCCCGGUGUGGUCACGCAGCACAGCAAGCUGGGCCCGUCUCUAAUGGGCUGUAACCAUCCCUGCAACGGACACAACGGCGGGGCAGUCGCGCCUCCCAACGGAGGGCAUGUCGCGACGGGGGCCUGCAGGGACCAGGCAUGUAAAAGCCACAAAAUGGUCAACGGGGCGUUGUGCCACGCUCCGUCCGAGCUGGACGACGGGGAGGACGAGGACAGCAGCUCUGAGAGGAGCUCCUGCGCCUCCUCUUCAACCAACCAGAAGGAUGGGAAAUACUGCGACUGUUGCUACUGCGAGUUCUUUGGUCACAAUGCGCCUCCAGCGGCCCCAACGAGCCGUAACUACGCCGAGAUCCGAGAGAAGCUCCGCUCCCGCCUGACCAGGCGCAAAGAGGAGCCCCCUCUGCGCCAGGACCUAGACCUGACGGUAGCCAGCGCCAUCGACAACCGGGACGUGGACGAGUUGCUGGACUUCAUCAACAGCUCCGAGCCCAAACCCGUCAACAGUGCCAAGGCUGCCAAACGGGCCCGCCACAAACAGAAGAAGAAGGAGAAGGCUCAGUGUGGCGGUAUGGAGGCCUCAAGUGGCGAUCCCCAGUCCGGUCCGGACGAGCCGGCCGACGAGACGAUGGCCGACGGAUCGGAGGCGGGCCGAUUGCUGGACUGGCCUCAGCUGGAGUUGGAGCGGGUGAACAGCUUCCUUACCAGUCGGCUGGAGGAAAUCAAGAACACCAUCAAGGACUCGAUCAGAGCCUCCUUUAGCAUGUACGACCUGAACCUAGAUGUCAACGACUUCCCAAAGAAGGCUGCCACCUUGGAGGGCAACCACUUACUGUCUCACCUUAACGGUUCGACGGACAUUCAGCAGAUAGACCUUGAUCUGGCUCCCCUUUCCCUGGGGACCUUUAAGAACCACCUGGACCUGGUCAAUGGGUGGGAGGACGCUGGCGCCGUCUUGUCGCCCACCACCGCCUCCACCACCGCAGAAGGCGCCGCGGGGCAAAAGGACGUCCAGAGGUUGCAAACUCCUCCUAACCUUUCCAAGCACGGCCGGGUUCACUCUCCAGAAGGAGGCGCUGCUGCCGCCGCCGCCGCCACCGUGUCCGAAAGCCAUGCGCAAGGUCUGCCCCAGGCCACGGCGAAAUCGAAGGAGGACUAUUCCGAGACUAGGAACAAUGCAGCCGGUGCUGCCAAGUCGAAGAAGAACCGGAAGCAGCAGCAGCAGAGGCAGGAGCAGGCCGCCGCUGAGCAGAGUUCAACCAGACCCACCAAAGCCCUCCCCUCCGGCGAGACGCAGAAGAGCAACGAGUCCCGGGUGGCCGAGACGAGUUCUGGCGGCUCCAAAGCGGGCAGCCGACAGCAGCCCCAGCAGUUGGCAGAGAGCCAGCGGAGCGGCCCACGGAGGGCCGAGGAGGGCAGGCCGAGCAGACAGGCGGCCAACGGAGCCGCCGGCGGCCUCCCCAAUGCACAGCGGGCGAAAGCUGACACGGAGGUGCGGGGAGGUCGAUCUGAGCUGGAUUCAGAUGGCAGGACCCAUCCCGGGACCCACCAAAAUGCACAGCAGCAGCAGCAGCAGCAGCAGCAAUCGAAGGGUAGAAACAAGAAGAACAAAAACAAGGGAGAAAAGUCCAGCAGUGCAAUUGAGGAUGUAUUUCUUCCAAAAGACGUCGAUCCAACCGAAAUGGAUGAGAUCGACAGGGAGGUGGAAUACUUCAAAAGAUUUUGCCUGGAUUCUGCGAAGCAAAACCGCCAGAAGGUCGCAGUGAACUGGUCCAACUUCACCCUCAAAAAGGUUCAUUCAAACACAGCUCAAUAACUUGGAAAAGUGCCAGAUAAAAAACUCCUUAAACGCGCUCCCCCGUUUGGCCCGAGGCCCUGCUUUCAUUCCUGUUUCUCUUCUCCGCUCCAAGCCAAGGGACCCUGUUACAAUUGUCUCUUUUCCAUUCAGAAGACUGAAAUACUUAAAAGACUCAUCAGCGAGGGACGGUUCGCGAGGCCAAGCUUGCCCUUUGAUAUCUUUGCAUUGUUCACCAAGUGAGAGGUGCAAAAUGAGAAAAGAAAAACCUGUUUAAUCUACUGCAUCCAUGCGCUUCAUUAUGUAGUAAUGUAAACACUUCCCGUUUCAUGAAAUAAAUAUGUUUUUAUCACAAAAGUUUUUAUCUUGGGAACUUUUAACAUGGUGCUCUAAAAGUACUGUAUUGCUCUUCGAUUUUAUAUUGUGUUGCAGUUUUGUAGCAUAUAUCCUGCUCGAUCUUGAUCACAGACUACUUUCAUAAAGAAAUUACAUUAAUUUAAACAAUGUUUCUUCAUGAAAGUAGGCUACUUCGCAUGAAAGGGAUAAACUAUUCUCCUGUUAUGUGCGGGGGUGCUAGCUUUCUGGUCUGAUGAGGGUUAUAGCUCUGUGCCAAUCUUGCCCGCUUAAUGUCUCCCUAUCAAGCCCAACACCAUGUAUUCUCCCCAAUUGAAAAUGUAUCAGUCACAAUAGGAUGGGACAUGACACUUGCCUAAUACAUGUACUCCUUUUUUUUUUUUAAGUAAAGUGAAAUGUUUGCUCCUCCUGGAAACACAUUUGCCAUGUUGGCACCAACAAAGGUAAUAUAAACACUUAAAUGGGCCAUGUAGCGUAAAUCACUGGCCUCAUAUGUUCAAUGUGAUGAGUUUCAUUUAGAUUGUCAUGCAUGAUCUAUGGAAUGAAUGCUACUGCAUCACAUUUUGGACAUUACUCUGCAUGAUGUUUGAUUCUAAGAAAGGGUACCCCUAUAUAUCCUUCCUUAAAAUCCAACACAUUCUUAACACUCCGGUCAAUUCAUAGAGAAUAGUGCAAAGUACAUCCACCCAUUAUUCUACAUGUUCAUUCUAAGGGACGCAGAUACACUAGGGAGAAGACCUUUUUUGUUUGGGGAGUACACCAUCACUUUAGGGUUUCCAAGACAUUGUUGGAUUGUAAGAAACAUGUUUGGGGGUUGGUACUGUAUAAACCAAUGCUAAAACAAUGCUACCUUUUUUUCCCCCCCACAGCCCAUUGACGUCCGUGGUGUCCUGCAUCUCGUACAUCUUACUUUCAUGCUUGUUAUUCUGCUCUUUUAUGAGGACAGACUCCAAAAUGAUACGUUGUUGAGGAUCAGCCUUGAUUGAUGAGGAAUAUGUCAUUUAGGUGUAUGUAGUCCUUAAAUUCUGCCGAAGUUUUGUCCGUACAAUAUCUGAUGCUUUCCAAGCUAUACUCAACUAGAUGCUAUCUUAAUGUUUUGGAAUGUAGAUUUAUAAUAUACCAGUUAUAGCCGAGUGUGUGUUGGCUUUUGAUCUUUUUUUUAUUCACUUUUGAUACUGUGAAAAUCUUUCGCUCAGAAAGAUUAAAACAAUACAGUU